AUGGAGCUUGGAAAUUUACAGCAGCUUCAAUUUCUGUAUCUUGGCCCGAAUAAUUUGACAGGUACUAUACCUGUUUCUUUUGGUAAUCUUACAAGUUUGGUUGGUUUGGUCGUCGCUCAAAAUGAUUUAUAUGGGACUAUUCCUGAGGAAUUGGGAGAUCUUUCAAAUCUCCAACAAUUAUAUCUCGGUCGUAACCAGGGAUUAACAGGUUCUAUUCCGAUUUCGCUCUCAAAUAUGUCAUCACUUCAAUCAAUCGACUUUGCUUGUGAACUUUGGCAACAUGCCUCAGCUUGUGACUUUGUAUCUAGGAUGGAACAAGUUAAGUUUGAGGAUUGGAUUUUCUUGGCUCACUUUCGAACUGGAAAAGUCCCUGCUGAAAUUGGCAGUAUCUCUAGCUUGACGAGUCUAGGAUUGGGUACUACUGAGCUAGAUGAUCCAAUACCCUCUGAAAUAGCAAUGCUAGAAAAUCUUCAGUUGCUAAGUUUGGAGAAUAAUAGAUUAUCUGGGUCUAUACCAUUUGAAUUCGGCAAUUUAAAGAUGCUGAACACAUUGUAUAUUUAUGGAAACAAACUUUCUGGAGCGAUACCAGACUCACUGGGAAAUCUCAGUUCAUUAGAACACUUGGAGCUUGGCGAAAAUGCAUUAUUGUCAGAAAUUCCUCAGAGUAUUUGGAAUCUAACUCGUCUAAUUGAACUCGAUCAUUCAGAAAACGUUUUCCAGGGAUCACUGUCUUCAGCAAUCAGCAAAAUGAAGGCCUUAGACAGUUCGAGCAUUUCAAUGAAUCAGUUAUCGAUUCCACAAGUGUUGAGUGACCUUAUUAAUAUCGCGUAUUUGAACCUUUCAUGCAAUAAUUUUUCAGGUGUAAUACCCGAUUCUUUAGCCAAUCUUCGCCGCCUCAACAGUCUAAACCUGUCUUUUAACAAGCUUGAAGGAGUCAUUCCAAAUAAAGGCGCAUUUUUGAAUCACACAGUUAUAUCUUUGGUAGGAAACAAAGCAUUAUGCGGAUCACCAAAACUAGGCUUUCCACUUUGCUCUUCAAAUGUAUCAGUUUCUCAUUCAAAGAGUAGGCUUCAUUCGCUCAAGUGUAUCCUACCUGCUAUUGCUUUUGCUCUAAUUAUUGUUCUUGGCCUUUAUAUCCAUCUAAAGUCACAUAAAGGGAGAUCAAAGAAUUCAAAUACAACAGGCACACAAUUUCGCAAUAAUUAUAGACUGAUCUCAUAUCAUGAACUUGUUUGUGCCCCCGAAAACUUCAGUGACGCAAAUUUACUUGGAAGAGGGGCAUUUGGAUCAGUGUACAAAGGGCAAUUAGACUGA